CCAGGAGAUUUGCAGGAUUUCUUUGGAGGCAACGCUGAUGGGAUCUUUCCAGGAGUUGAAUGUGAUGUCUGUAGACAGUCCACAUUUCACAGGCGUAGAGCAGGGUUGGGAGAACAAUAGCGUUAUAAACAAGCACCUUGGUAUCCCUACGGAAGUCCUGAUCCUCGAACACUCUCUGCUUCAUUUGCAGAAAUGCUGCACUCGCAGAGCUCAGAAAACCCAUGCGCAAAAGGAGAAUCAUUCGCUCAUUGGAGAAACUAUGCCUGGAGAAUGUGGCUAUGCAUAUGAAAAGGCUAUGGGUUAAGGUUUACUCGAGGUAUGCCAAGCUGGCCAGGAAUCGUGACCAUGACGCCAUCACAGGACCCUUCAGCAUGCUGGCUGGCUCUCUUCUCCAGGAACUGCUUGAGAUCAUGCGAGAGAGAAAAUUUCUGACCCCAUCCAUACUUCACAUUCUCCUUUUGCCACAACUAAAGUCACUGAAUUUGAAUUACUGCUCAUCUUAUGUUGGCAACACUCUUGCCCACACCAUCACAGUACGCUGCAAGAAUCUUUCCUCGCUGACACUUCGUUACUGCUACCGGAUUCAUGCGGAUGCUUUGAUCGAGCUUGUGAAAGCUUUGCCGUGCCUCACCAAACUAAACCUUUCAUCCACCCAGUGCAACACACAAGUACUUUCCACCAUUCGCACUUUCUGUCUUAAAAUUGAAGGAUUGGAUAUCGAUAAGUGUAGGAAACUAUCCUCAGAGUCCCUCCUUCACUUGGUCUAUGACCCUGUUGCAGGAUCGUACGGUUGCCAGUCAUUGCAGAGGCUCAGAGCUGAAGGACUGACGCCCACCACUGACUUUCAGAGCUCGCUUUUGCUUCUGGUCUUUGUGCUUCUAGCAUUGCCCAAGCUGAAAUAUUUUUUUCAUAAUUUGGUUCCACAAGCUAUAUGUCUGAUCUAUGACCAGGAAUUUCAUGGUGCCCGGAUGCCUGCUGGGUUUCCAUCCCUGGAGGAAGUGGCACGGUACAGGACAUCUACUCACCCAAAUGAGGAAAGUGGCAGAUUCACACUUCCCCUCAGGAAAAUUAAUUUCAUUCCACUUUCCUUGUUGCCUAAGAUUGGUGCUGUGUGCCCUCACCUCUUGGAAAUCUCUAUGAUUCUUAGAGAUAUCUGGAACUUGGAUCAGCAUGUCUUGCCAUGGCACGGUCUCACCCAUCUCAGUCUUGGUACCGAUCAAAGGAUGGACUUGAAGGAGCUUUUACCUGUGACAGCUAACAUUGGGACCCAGCUUAAAUUUCUUAAACUUAAUGGAUUUAUCUUUAAAGAUGAGUUCACCCUCCACACCUUGCUGAGCCACUGCCCAAAUCUCCUGACAUGUGUGUUGUUCCUUCCCUCUCCAGAGAGCAAUGGUCAUCAGAGUCAGCCACAGAAUGAAGCCAGAGCAAGGAACUUGUGCCUGCCUCCUCUCCAGUUCCCUGAGCUUGUUAACUUUUGCCUGGAGUCCCAUGAAUUCGUUACCCCGUUGCCUUCCCUGUAUAAACUGGUUUUGGGAAAUAUCCUGGAAUCAGUGUUCAAAUAUUCCCCAUGCCUGGAGAUCUUGCAUCUAUUCUGUCUGCCCUGCUCUCUGGAUGAGGCAUUUCAGAAAGCACUAAAACCACCUAGUACUGCCCUGCAAUGUCUUCAGGAGCUCGAACUGAUUCGGGUUCAGAUAUCAGUUCGCACCAUCGAUUUGCUGAUUUUGUCUGAGAAUCAGCUGAGUUUACUCUCCUUGGAGAAAUGUUUCCAUAUAAGCCGGGCAGACUACAAUGAGCUCUCCCAAAGAGCCAGGAAAGAGAACUUGGAAGUAAUGAUUAUGCGGGAAUGAAAAAAACCCAACUCGCUCCACUUGCUCAGAAUGGCAGCUCCAUUGCUCAUAGGGCCAGGACAGUACGUAAUUUUUUUCAAUAAAGCUUAUUUUAUACUACUAAAA